UGGUGGCCUUUUGAGGGCUACCAAUUUUUUUUAUAUGAGAAACUAGUCACCAUUCGCUGGUCCUCUUGUAUACUUCACUGUAUCCUGAGCUAAUUAUCGUUUUGAGUACUUAGGAAAAUACUGUGAUCUUGUGGAUCAUUGUAAUAUUUAAUAUAUAAUGGUGGCCUUUGAGGGCCAACAAUUUUUUUUAAGAAACGAGUCACCAUUCGCUACUUUCUUGUCUAUCUUUCAUUGUAUUCUGAACUUUGCUAAUUGGCGUUUUUAGGAACUUGGAGAGUACUGUGAUCUUUUAAUAUGGAUUUGAUGAUGAUAUUUAAUAUAUGUACUGUAACAGUGAAAGAUUGAAUUUUCGAAAUUGUCUUUAUUUUGUUAAUUGCGCAGUUUGAUUUAUCCUUGAUUGUUCUUUUCCAAAUAUGUUGACCUGUUCGUUAAAUUUAUUCUUAAAAUUCAUUGGAUUAUAGUAGCUGUACAGAUUGUUUAUUAGAAUAAAAUCUUUAUACAAUUUUAUCUGUAUUGUUGAGUUAAGCAUUCUUGAAUUUAUGACUGAAAAGUUACGUUGCGUUAUGUUAUUAACUGAAAAUUUGAGUGUAAACCUUUCAAUUUUUUAUUAUGCGUGUUAAAUGUGAAUUUGAAGUAUCUGAUUAUGAAUGUUUUAUAUCAGUACGAUAAACAUGACGGUUACAUCCGAAGUUCAAAGAUUUAACGUGCAACUGUGAAGAUUCAUACUGAGAUUUUAACAAUAGAAUAAACAGAAGGCUUCUCAACAAAAUACACGGUCGGAAGGGCUCUUUUUUUAUUAAAGAGAUCAUAAUUACCAACAAUAUAUUUAUUUGGUUAUCCACGUGUUCCUGAGAAAGUGUAUUCACUGUAAGCUCUGUUAAGAUAUUAAAAUGUAUGUGUAUCCAGUAUUAGACAGAACAUGGGAUCUGACACGGAUGCUCAUAUAGUAUGGAUGGACACGGAGCUAACAGGACUUGAUAUAGAGAACCAUACUAUUCUAGAAAUUGCUUGUAUAAUAACUGAUUGUAAUUUGAAUAUAAUUAGCGAAGAGUUUGAAAUUGUAAUUAACCAUCCAGAUGUAGUUCUUGAAAACAUGAAUGAAUGGUCUAAAAUUCAUCAUGCACAAUCAGGUUUAACACAUGACUGUAAAUGUAGCAACAUUACCCUAAAGGAAGCUGAGCAAAUGUUACUGAACUUUUUAAAGAAAUAUAUUCCAAAGGGAAUUUGCCCGUUAGCUGGAAAUACAAUUUAUAUGGAUCGUCUGUUUUUAAUAAAACACAUGCCAUUAGUCCAUGAUUACUUACAUUAUAGAAUUAUUGAUGUAUCUUCGUUGAAAGAACUUGUAAGGAGAUGGAAUUCUUUGGUUUAUGAAAAUGCACCUAAAAAACAAUUAAAUCACAGAUCUUUAUCAGAUGUGAAAGAAAGUAUACAAGAACUGAAAUAUUACAAGGAGCAUUUCUUUAAAUCAUCAAAUCAAUGUUAAUUUUCAUUAAUAAUUGAUUUAUAUGUGACUAAGUAAACUAAUUUAGCUUAUUUUUAUCACAAUUUAUUUUUUUAUUGUGUUAUAUAUGAAAUAGUCGCAUAAUCAUUGUUUGAUGUAAAUAAAUUAUAAUAA